CUCAGCACCGCCGUCUCCCUCCGCACAUUCCUGUCGAGGAGCAGAAAACACAGAAGAGAAGCCGCGGCGGCUGCAGUAAAAGAGUCCGCCCGCUCCCCUGCUUCCUCCUCAGCCUGGCGGGGCCCCAGCCGCCCCCGGAGCCCCGAACCGCGCCGCCUGGGCUGGGAUGAAGCUUCCCUCUCUGCCAGCAGCCGCAGCAGUGUCCGCUCCGCCGGGGGCCCCCGCAGCAGCAUGGAGCAGUACAUGGAGGAGGACGUGGGCCGGCUGAUGGAGGAGCUGUGCCUGGAGGAGAGCCGGCCCCGGAGGCUGAACGGCGGCGGCAGCAGCGGAGGCCUCCUGCACUACCUGCCGCACUGCCCCGCCGACCCCUACAAGACGUACCCCGCGCAGCCGGGGCCCCUGAGCCGCCAGGAGGCGGAGGUGGCGCUGCCCUGCUAUUCGGGGCGGCCGGGCAUGUACCCCGGGGGGAGCGGCAGCCCCCGGUCCAGCACGGCGCCCCCCUGCCCGGAGCUCGGCAAGUUCUCGAGCCCCCGCUCCAGCCUGGUGGUGCCGAGCCCCCGCUCCAGCCUGGCCCAGUACGAGGCGCUGAGCCCCCGCUCCAGCUACGCCAGCACGGCCAGCGACACCAGCAAGCACUCGAGCCCGCGGGCCAGCCUGAACGACUGCGGCUCCAAGCCGAGCAGCAACCGCACCAGCGGCAUCAGCAUGGGCUACGACCAGCGGCACGUCAGCCCGCGCUCCAGCUACUCCCCCGGCAACCCCGAGGCGGCGGACGGCGGCGGCCCCCGCUCCAGCCUGUGCCUGCAGGACGGCCGCGCCGCCACGCUGGUCAGCCCCCGCUCCAGCAUCUCCAGCCACAGUUCCCGCAGCUCCCGGAGCUCCCGCGGGUCCAUGGGGGCUUACCCCGACGGGCCCGGGCCCUCCCCCCGCUCCUCCAUGCUGGGGCCGGGGCUGCAGGAAGAGGCCCUGCCGCAGGAAGUCGGGGAGGUCGGCCACUACAAGCUGCUCGCCCAGUCCCCCCCCAGACACGACCCGCACACGGCCGAGCCCGGGCCCGCCACCUACGGCUACAGCUCCGCCAAGGGCUCCGCCACCCUGCACCGCUUCAAGCUGCCCUACCAGGUGACCCCGGCCAAGGAGAGCGGCCCCAGCCAGGCGGAGAGGAGGCUGGAGGCGCUGACCCUGGAGCUGGAGAAGGAGCUGGAGAUGCACAUGAAGAAGGAGUACUUCGGUAUUUGCAUCAAAUGUGGGAAGGGGGUGUACGGGGCGAGCCAGGCCUGCCAAGCCAUGGGCAACCUGUUCCACACCAACUGCUUCACCUGCUGCUCGUGCGGGAGGCGAUUACGCGGGAAAGCGUUUUACAACGUCAAUGGGAAAGUUUAUUGUGAAGAAGAUUUUCUGUAUUCCGGUUUCCAGCAGACGGCGGACAAGUGCUUUGUGUGCGGACAUCUUAUAAUGGAGAUGAUUUUACAAGCUCUAGGGAAGUCGUACCAUCCCGGCUGCUUCCGCUGCGUCGUCUGUAACGAGUGUCUGGACGGAGUCCCCUUCACCGUGGACGUGGAGAACAACAUCUACUGUGUAAAGGAUUAUCACACAGUUUUUGCACCUAAAUGUGCCUCGUGCAGCCAGCCGAUCCUCCCAGCGCAGGGCUCGGAGGAAACGAUCAGAGUGGUUUCCAUGGAUAAAGACUACCACGUGGAGUGCUAUCACUGUGAGGACUGUCACCUCCAGCUGAACGAUGAGGAGGGUCACCGCUGUUACCCGCUGCAGGGUCACCUCCUGUGCCACGGCUGCCACAUCAGACGCAUCAGCACGAACAUUCCUCCCCCGCACCAGGCCAGUUACCCCAUGCAUGUCACCGAGCUGUGAGCACCCGCUGCGGGUGUCCUGUGUACAGAUACGAGGGGGCGGAGCCUGUGUCUCCCAUACAUUUCUACAGACCGCCGGAGACCGCUUCUUCCCCAUGUUAUUUAUUGGCCGGUGCUCGGCCCCGGGGCCCUAGAACGCGGCUCUCCAGUAGUGAGAAUUAGCACUUAACCUGUAUUAACCCGAAUGCCGACACUUCAUUCCGGGGCGGAGGAACGUGCUGAGCCGCCAUCCCUCAUGUACCGAUCACCGCAACGUGGGGUCCGAUCGGUUCUGAGAUCCUUCUGCGCCGAUUUAGGACCGUUUUCACGGAGGGAUUUCUAUGCCGCCGUUAAAAGCUCACCUGCAGUGUGACAGACGCAGCCAUCAUGGCUGACACUGCACCUGGCGGCGCCGACGUCAUGGUGAGAAGCCCACGAGACGUGACAACAUCUAAACCACAUGGAGUCUCCUGAACACCAGUGUUCUCAUUCACUGACUGUAAGCAGAGAUCUUGCGAGUGGUGAGGAAACAAAGAGCCUAUUCAGCAGAACAGUACCUUGUUACCAUGACAACCGGUGCACUCCGAUUGGUUAUUGUGGUAAUGGGGACGGUUCAUGCCGCCAAAAGUCUGAGAACAUUUCGCUCCGUGAUGAAGAAACGUAAUAAACACUGGACCCACGGCAUCACAGCCGCCAUUCCGUCGUCAUGACAACAGAGCGUCUCGCCCCCCCCCCCUCCCUCCGUGGUCAGGGACUGGUAGAGCUCUUCUGUGAGUGGGCGCCAGGGCCGGGUGCUGUCUGGUCAGUGGGUGCCCCAGUCUGACUGGACAGGAGCCGCCAUCAUGGAGGAGUUAACCCCGUGUCACCCCAUCCCCACAAGGAAAGACUUUUGCAGCCGUUAUACAUUUCCAAGAUCUAUGCUCUCGGCUGCCAUGGCUGAGCAGUCACAUGACCGGGGGUAUAAAUAUGGCAGAACAGCGUCAAAGCCCGCACCCGGGUCAUUUAUUUAUUUGCUUACUAUGGAUCUUGCCACCGGAGCUUACGAUCUAUUGAGGUCCCCGACACUGGAAUGAACACUAGAAGCGUGCGAUCGCUGCGGACUACUCUGUAUAUAUGAGAUGUGAAUGUGCCCAUGUUGUACCAGCUCAGUGCCUUAGUCCCCGCCGGCUGCUGACCACAGCACAAUCCUUCACCCAAUGGGACCCCGCGCGUAGACAGGACUCGCAUCAUUGCGCUGCCGCAUUAAAGGAAUUUCCUGCUAUGGUUGUAAGUGGUGACUGCGCUUUCGUGCUGAGCCCCAUAAAACGUCGUAGAAGGUGUGACUGUUCGCAGGGGCGAUUUUGGUACACUCGUCUCUGAAGUUUAGGGCUACACCCUGUAGAUUGCAACUAGAACCAGAUUUGACAGAAUGGCUGCCAAGGCGUCUGCAAGCUGCCGGUCGGCUCGAUAAAGAUGGCAGCUGCUGGGCUGAUCCUCUGGUUCGCGGCUGGUGCUGCGCGGCGACUGCUCACAUCGCGAUGCUGCUGCACCUCCCAACGUCGGGAAAGUCACUGCAGAGAUGGUGCGAGGUGCUGCAGCCCGACAGUCGCAGGAAGGACGAACCUGGGGGAUUUCUUCCGCCUGUCGGGCUGCGACACCUCGCGGGUCACGGCACCGCUCCAUUCACUUUCACCAGGUGCGAUGUCGCUGUGUAGUCCCUGCCUUAUCCUGCAGGGGGCAGCUUUGGGGAGGUUUUUACGUACAGUGGGUGUGGCCACAGCCGGUGACAACAUGGCGGUCACUUUCCCAGUCAUCAGUCUGUGUACCUCGGUUACUACAUUGCAACAAGAUGCCACCUGCUCCUCAAUGGUUAAUUGCGGAUCUCGGAACGCCGGCGUCUCAGUAUUUAACCCCGCGGGCUGCGUCCUGAACGGUUCUACUGUAACUAAUGUCUUAACUGUAGAAUAUAAGUGACUUAAAUUAAGUUUUUCCUUUAAGAAAUUAUUUUCAUUUUCUUUGAGAGAAUAUAGUUUUUGCGUUUAUCAUCGGACCAGCGGAGUAGGAGCUGCCGCCCCCCCGCAUGUCGCCGUCCGGCGCAGCCAGCGGGAUUAGCUAUUUUUGUAUGAACGGGCGCUGCGGUUUGGUAGUUCCCCGCCUUUAGGGCCGUCGUGGUUAUUUUUAUUAUUCUCCGUGUUUGAUUCUCUUGAUUGUUUAAGAAAUAAUAAAAAAUAAAAAAAAAGAAUUAAAAAAAAAAGGGGGAAAUGUAGAUUUAUUUAUGGGCGGAGCCAUACUGAUAUAAGUUAUUUAAUGUUAAAGCAGCGCCUCAUUAAACCCUAGUUGUUAUAAUCUGCUUUUUACAAUAAACACUUUUUUGUAGUUUA